UAAAACCCGAUACUGCUUAAAUUUCCAGUCUUGUGAGUAUAGGGAAGAGAGACCAUGGAUUUCAUGUCAAUCGACAGAGAUUUGGGCGGUGAUUAAAGAUAAAAGUACAUUUUCCGUUCAAUUGCGGGAUCACUACAUACGAAUAGUUCCUAUUUCCAUUUUUUUAAAAGAAGCAACUGGUUAUGAUGUCAAAAAGUGCAGCCCGUAAUUCAUCUUGAGGAAUGGUCGUGUAAGAUACAUAAUGGCCACGUCCACCACUCAAGCACAGGAGGUCGUCACCUGUGACUUCUGUACCAAGCCAACCCGAAAAUCUUGUAACAAUUGCCAGGUGAGUUUGUGUGUGGAAUGCGUUAGUAAACACGUGGAGCUCGACUCUCUACCACAUGACAUCGUUCCUUUCAAAGGCAAAAAGGUGGCUUUUUCAGAGUGUGAAUUUCACCCCAACCAGAAAAGUACAUUAAACUGCCAACAUUGUGAUGUUCCAGUUUGCCUGAAAUGCAUACUUGGUCUCCAUAAUGGUCACAAAGUUAAAGAUAUGCCGAACAGUUUUCAUGAAAAGGAAAAGGAACUUGAAAAGGAAACCAAAGAAAUUGAAUCUACUGUUAUCCCACAGUACAGGAAGACAAAUGAAGAAACAAAAACCAAAAUUAUCAUUACAAGGGCCAAAUUUGAUGAACUGGAAAAAGAAAAAGAAAAGCAUAGACAACUCUGGCACGACAAAGUAGAUACCAUUUUCAAUACACUUGGGUUUUUGAUCAAAUCUAUGAAAGAGAAUCACCUGACUGCUCUAAUAUCCCAUCAAUCCAAAAUAAAUAAUUGUAUUCAAGACAUGAUCCAAACAGUUCAACAAAAUAAAAUUAUUAUGAAAUCAAGAAAAGUGACUGAAGUCACCAACUACAAAUCAAAUCUCGAGGAAUACAGGAACAUGCCUAUUGAUAUUGAUGUCAAACUGCCAUCACUGAAAACCAACACAGUCCAAGGGAGAGAACUCAGCCUGGAAUUAGGAGAAUACAAGGCUAGUCUGACACAGUCAACACUGUCCAAUCUGACAGAGGAAGUCUCCUAUUCAUCUUUACAAAAUUUAUUAGACCAAGUCAAACUAAUUACAGUCAUUCGUACUGGAGUUAAUCCUCUAUACAAUGUUGCCUGUGUGGGAGUGGAUGAAGCCUGGGUUAGUGGUGCAGAAAACACCAUAAGACGUAUUGAUAUGCACGGGUCUGAAUGGGACACUGUCACCACCACACGUAAAACCUGGCCUAAUAGCAUCACAGUGACCAGUCAGGGAGAACUGGUAUACAGAGAUAGUGACGAUAGAACUGUGAACAUUGUCAGACAUGGGAAAACAGAGAAACUGAUAACCACACCACAGGGCUGGCAUCCAGACAAACUAUGCUGUACUAAGUCAGGUGGCAUCUUGGUCAGUAUGUAUACUACUGAUUUUAGCCAAAACAAAAUUGUCCAUUAUCGGGGACAGACACUAAAACAGGAAAUAGAUAGAAAUGAAGGUGGAAAACCAAUCUAUAAAAGAGGUAAAUGCUCACUGCGUGUGGUGGAGAACAACAAUGGAGACAUAUGUGCCUCUGAUUGUAAUGCUUACACCGUGGUCGUGGUGAACAAGUCAGGAAGAGUUCGAUUCCGAUACGACGGUUUACCAGCCAAGAGGAAGGAGUCAUUUGAUCCUAGAGAUAUUGUGGCGGACUCCAUGAGUCAGAUCAUUGUGGCAGAUUACAACAAUGCCUGUCUACACAUCCUGAAUCAAAACGGACAAUUCCUGAAAUGUGUGGACAGCUGUGGACUAAAUAAUCCUCUCGGACUGAGUGUGGACAGUGAGGGGAGAUUGUGGAUAGGGUUAGUUCAUUCAGGAGAAGUGAAAGUGAUUCAGUACAUGAAAUAAGUAUAUAUUGCUUACAUGUACAACCUGUAAUGCGCAGACAUCAUAUGAUGAUAAAGUUCUAACAGUACUUUAGUUCAUUGAGAUAUUUAAUGUAAUCAUGUUAUAUUUGAUAGAAAUGACACGAUAAGUUUAAGGUGGCAAAACCAAUUUCAGACCUUCCAAGCGUAAGAAAUAAAAUAUGUAUAAAAGUA